CGGGGCGGCGCCGCGCCGGGGGCAGAGUCCAGCGCGGGCGGCGGCGGCCGCAGGAGCCCGGAGCCGGCGCGGAAGAUGCCGCUGGGGCUGAGGAACAAGAAGAAGGACAAGUCCAAGGAGACCUUCAAGCUGGUGGAGAGCGAGGCGGCGGCCCCGGCCCCCGCGGCGGCCCCGUUGCCGUCGGCCAGCGCGUCGCGGCUGCAGUUCCACACGCAGCUGGCGCACGGCAGCCCCACGGGCCGCGUGCAGGGCUUCGGCAGCGCCCGCGAGCUGUACGCGCGGAUCGGAGCGGCCUUCGGCCUGCCCCCCGCUCAGAUCAUGUUUUGCACUUUGAACACUCAUAAAGUUGAUAUGGACAAGCUCUUAGGUGCACAAAUUGGCCUUGAAGAUUUCAUAUUUGCCCAUGUGAAAGGACAGCGAAAAGAAGUGGAAAUUCUUAAAACUGAUGAUAUGCUGGGACUUACCAUUACAGACAAUGGAACUGGCUGUGCCUUUAUAAAGCGAAUCAAAGAAGGCAGCAUUAUGGACCAAACCAAAACCGUCUGCGUGGGUGAUCACAUAGAGACCAUAAAUGGGAAAAAUGUGUCAGAGUGUCGGCAUUAUGAAGUUGCCAAAAUGCUAAAAGAUCUGGAGAAAGGUCAGAAGUUUAAGCUGGAGUUGGUAGAGCCUUUGAAAGCAUUUGAAAGGCUGGAACCAAGGUCCAAAGGCAGAACUCUGUCAGAGGCUAAAAUCUCCAAAGGGAGAGAAACACUUCGCCUGAGAGCCAAAGGCCCUGCUACUGUGGAGGAAAUGCCAACUGAAGUUGAAGAAAAAGCAAUUAAAAAAGUGGAUGAGUUUCUUGAAACAUACAUGGGCAUAAGAGAUAUUGAAUUAGCUGCAACAAUUGUGGAAGCUGGAAGAGACAAGAAGAACCCAGAUGAAUUUGCAGUGGCCUUGGAUGAAACUCUUGGAGACUUUGCGUUCCCAGAUGAGUUUGUAUUUGAUGUAUGGGGAGCAAUAGGUGAUGCUAAGCAAGGACGACUGGAAUGAGAACUGUGCAGUUUAUCAAUCCCUGUUUGAAAAUACAAAAUGAUUGGCAAAUACAUCAGAAUGUUAGUAAUUUUAUUGAUGUGAAUUCAGAGUGGUCUGCACAAGUAUUCUGACCUGAGAUUUUCCUUUGCAAAGGAAGAUUUCUAAUAAAAAUGAAGGUAAACCCAAACUUCUGACAACUGCAAUUAAAAACAUUUAAUUUACAUAUAGAAAUCACUGUGAGGAGAGUGUCAAGGUGAUAUAUUUAUACAGAAAUUUUAUGAAAAUUAGGUGGUUUUUAUUGUACAUACACUUCGAUAGCAGUAUUCUGAAAAGUGUUAGACAUAUGCAACAAGGAGUUUGGAUUAUUUUAUCUCUUUAGAGAGGUUUAUAAAGUUGUUGCUUCAUGCUGCAGUUCCCUGGUUUUCUGCUGUCCCUAUGUAUUAACCUAAAGCCUUAAAUUUUGUUGCAGUUUGGCUUGGACAUUGUUUUUACUUUGGGAAGAAGUUUCCCUAUUUCAUUAGAACCCAAAUUCAGGGAAAAAUUUCCUCUGAAACAUGAAAACUAAGAUCUUUGGAUGAGAAAGGCUUGCUUGCAUUUGAGUCAUAAUAUGCUCUGUCUGCGUUAUUACUGAGGUAGGUAGAGUAGAAAUCUUAAACCAGGAAGCUGCUGCUGAUUCAGAUGCCAUAAUAUUGCAAUAGGAGCUGCAUAGAAAGAAAUAAAUGUUAAUUUUUAUUAUUAUUAAUGUAUUUGAAUAAUAUCUGGAGACUGCACUGGAGACUACAGUGUAUCACUAAGUGCUUAAUUGAUAUUUGCAUAUGCUAAAUGAUUCCUUGAGAUCCUGUGGAGUUCCCCUCUUGUCUGUGGGUUUUUUUAACAUGGUAACACAAGAGAGAUAUUGAAGGUGUUCAAACACAAAAGAUAUUAUUGUAAAGUCACAAGGAAUUGUACUUUGAAUGACAAUACAUGCCUAGACCCUGAAAAUUACGUUAAACUAAUCUUAGAUGUUAGGUUUUCCAAUUAUAUUGUACAUAAAUGUUUAUUUUAACUACUAAUUUUUUACUUAUAAAUCUGAAAUUAUUGCAAAUGAAAUUCAACAAGAAUGUGGGUUCUGACCUGAGAAGGUGUCACAGCUUUUUAGAAUUUUUAUAUUUGUAUAAGAAUAUAAAAUAAUAAUUAGUAAAAAAGUUUUUUUCUAAAUCACUACCUGAAGAAAAUGUCUUUCACUGAAUUGCAGAGAUCUCUUUAAAAUAAAGACUAUGCCAAUAAAUUUACAUGUUCUGUGUCAGUGUUUUUCUUUUUUUUUUCCUAAACCCAUGACACUUUGAAGUAUCAUUGAGAGAACAGGUUCUUGUUCUCGUUACUAGGUUCUUGAGGAAGAAUUCUAAACUCCACUUAAGCAAAUUUCUGUAAAAUUUGAGAAUAAACUUGAAGAAACUGUAAGGAGGUGGUGAAAUUUUGUACAUCCCAUUUCUUGUUUGGGCCCCCAAGGAUGUAUUACUUUGCAAAAGGAGUUUGAAAAUUUCUUCUUUUUCGAUAAUUGCAAGUCUGAGCCCACAAUCUUCUGUUGCAGCUGAGCACACUCUCUGUCUUGUGCAGGGCUACUUUAGCUGAUGUACUCAUGAUAAUGAGGGGUUAAAGUGUUGUGGGCAUAUAAUUUGUUCUCUAAACUUCUAGGUGAAAAGCAAAAAGGAAAUGCCAAGAAUUCCUUCUUGGUUUCAAAACAUAAAACUCAAAUGUCAAAUUCUGUGGAAGUGUUUAUGUACACUAGUGUUAGUUACCAACAUGCCACUGGUUAUAAAAUAUAUUAAAAUUAAGAAUUCCUUUAAAAAAAGAGAGAAGGUAUUAUGGAUAAUGCACAAAAUGUUGCCUGUAACAGAUAACCCCUUGUGUUUUGGCUAUUCAUUCUAUUUUGAGAAAUUAAUGUUGUUCAAUCAAUUUUUACUCAGUGGAUAAUUUGUUUCAUUACACUGAUAAAAUAGUAAGAUAAAAAUAAUCUCUGAAGCUCUAAUUCUACAGAGAGCUGCCUCAUGUCACAGUGGCCUAUUUUUCUGGAGUUUAUUUCAGGCCGAAGAUUUAAAUAGUGAUAGCAAUUUUACUUGCAUUUACUGCAAUAAAGCAUGUCAAUAUAUCUUACUUUUCCUGUGUUCUCAAAGCAUUCAAUAUUUCCAGCUCAUAAAACAGGUACCACUUCCUGAUUUGAUAGAUUAUUUGCAUUUUCCAGCCAUGUAGGAAUAAAUUGUCACAUGAAAAUCACAGUGCCUUAUAAAGCAUGAUAAAUACUUCUCUCUUUGUAAUGAUUUGUGUAGCAAAUUAAUGUUGUUUUACUAAUAAAAUACAGCCUUUAAAAGCUAGCUAAUAAUGACACUAAUACCUUUUGAUGCUGUGUACAGUGAAUAUGUCAUUGAAUGUCACCACAAAAAUCUCCCAGGUUUGUUAGACAAAGUAAUUCUAAGACAUCAGCUCUAUUUAAGUGCUGAUCAGAGUGGGACUAUAAACAUCUUGUUAGUGUGUGCUGCACAUGGAAGUGAUUGUUGGUGAAUAGUCCACUCAGAAUCUGAGGUGGAAUGGCACAGAACAGUUACUCAGCCCAAAUGCUGUUCUAGAAGUGACUGAUUCCUUACUUUUAUAAUUUGGUGCAGAGCCAGCGGAGAGCUGGCAGGCAGAUGCAGUUUGUGCCUUUACUUCCAGACUUACUGCUAUGUUCAAGACAAUGGAAACCACAGCACUAUUUUUUUUCUAUUUUUGCAGAGUCUUUAGGUAGUCUUUAGAUGCAACAAGGAGAUUUAAUGAAAUCUGGUGUUCAUAAGGUUCUGAGCUCAUAAUUUUAAAAAUAUGAUGAGCAAUGACUAUUUUACACUUUUAAAGGAAUAAAUACUGCAAAUUACAGAUACAUCUUUUAUGGCACCUUAAUACGCCAAAUUAUGCUUCAGUUAAACCUGAUUUUAUGCAACCCUAUUCAUACAGCUAUUAUUCAAAGACCUAUUAAUAUAAUCAGUCUAUUUAGGAAAAUCUCAUCUGCUAUUCAGAUUUGAAAAAUGCAUAUACUCUAAUUUCUUUAUAUUAUUUUCAUCACAAUUUGUCUAAUUUAUCUUUUUUGAGAUAAAUGUAAUAUAAAGCUUUGAAAAUCUUGGUUUCUGUGAAUUUGAAAAUGCAAUAUUAAUGUUAGAAUUAAACUAAUUUGUAAUAUUUUGUUGGGCUUUUUCUUCCUGUUUUUUAAUGAGAACUUCUGCUACUUUUCAAAUUAAAUAUUGGUUUUGACAAAAAGAGUUCUGGGAAUGUCUCUUCCAAAGUCUGAGUUUUGUAGUAAGAUGAUACAUUACACUUUUUUUUUUUUUCUCAGGAGAUAAUUCAGAACAAUUAGAAGUCAGGGUGUCGACUCUUUCCCCUUUUGAAAACAAAGGCAUCUUAGCCAUGGAUUUCAGAACUCAACUAUAGCAGUAAGAGCUUCAUCUGAAAUUUAUACUCAGUAUUGUUUUCCUUUCCAGUUCUCUGACUCAGUAUGUUUGUAAGGCAUUUUGCAUUUAGAUGUUGUUAGCAUUAAAAUAUCUCUGAUUUGGUUUAUGAAAAUAUGAACAAAUUUACAGUCCUGGAAAUCAAAGAGAAAAUCAUCAACAUUUCACGAGGAUACUUGUAAAUAGCAACAACUUAGAAUAAAAAGUAUGCAGCCUACAGUACAGACUUUGUCCUCAGAAAAGGUGUGUUUCAUGUGUUGGAUUGAGGCACUGACAACUAAAAUAGAUUGAGACUGUAUAAAUGUACAUAGAAUAUAUUUUUUUCACCUAUUGAAACAUGCACUGCCAUUAAAUAGAACAGUGUCUAAACACAACAACAAAGAGUCUGUAGAUUGAACAGAAGCAAUCUCCUGAUAUAUUGAUAUUGUCUUUAUCUCUCCUGUUCUGCUGUUUGUGAACAGUGAGGUUGUGAACAGCUUUUUCAGUUUUCUUUAGUGGCACUCCUUACUUAAGUCUCUAUUGCAACGUCUGAGCUCUUUCAGAGAAAUCUAGCUGUUGGUUUUGUACCUGAAUCAUUAUUUUGUGGGGUUCUCCCAGUCCCAUCAGAACUAAUGCAGAUUUUCAGAGAGAAAGAAACGUCUGCUUUUCUUUGAAAUGAAGUCUGGCAGGUCAGACUAGAGGCAGUUCAAUGUAAAUCCCUGACAGAGGAUCAGUGUGGAGAUUGGGUCCUUGGCCCUUAGUGGUUCUGGUAGCAGAACUGCUGCUAUGGUUUUUGGUGUGUUUGCCAAGGAACUCUCUUGCCCCAAAAUGUUUGGUAGGAAUAGGGGCUCAUGAAUGUAGUAUAGAAAUUACUGCUUUCUUUUGGGAUGAAAAA